GUGAUCAAGCAGCUGAUGAAGAAGGAAUUCACGCUGGAGUUCUCCAGGGACAGGAAGUCCAUGUCGGUCUUCUGCUCCCCGGCCAAGGCCUCCAGAGCAGCCGUGGGCAACAAGAUGUUCGUCAAGGGUGCCCCCGAGGGCGUCAUUGACCGCUGCAACUACGUCCGCGUGGGGACCACCAGGGUUCCUCUGACCCCGGCGGUCAAGGAGAAGAUCCAGAGCGUCAUCAAGGAGUGGGGGACGGGCAGGGACACCUUGCGCUGCCUGGCCUUGGCCACCAGGGACACCCCACCCAAGAAGGAGGACAUGGUCCUGGAGGACUCCUCCAAGUUCUCCGAGUAUGAG